UUGCUUUGAUGGUGGAACACCAGUUCUGUGUUCUUCAUCACAUGUGGUGUUGGUGCCGGUACUCAACGGUGUUGUCAAGAUGAAGAACUACUUCACAUGUUAUGUUCUCCUGGUUCUGUGCACAAGAGCAGCGUUUGCGCAGUUUAUUGGACAACAACAAUCACAAUUUCCAAACAUUGAUCAAAGAAACCAGCUGUCACCGACACAACAAGGUCACAUACUGAGUGAUAUUCAACAACAUCAACACAGAUUUAAUGUGUUUCCUCAAACGCAACAUUUUCCUCCUCAACAGUUCGGUACACCUCAACCAGCUGUACAACCACCGGUGUUUAACCAACAACCAGUUUUUGGUCAACCAACUCAAUUCCCAGUUUUAUUGAACCAGAAUCAACAACUCUUGCAAAAUCCAGUUUUGGUUCAACCUCAAUUCCAAGCGGCCUUACCAACACCGACAGUACAACAACCAGUUCCCAUUGUAUCAACAAUACAAUCAAUAGUACCAACGUUACAACCUGAAGAUAAUACUAGAAUUAUUCAACAUCACACACAAACCAGUUUUACUCCUAAUUUUUCGCAACAACAGCAGCAACAACCACAACAAUCGCAGCAGCAACAACAACAAGCAUCACAACCACAGCAACAAUCUCAAGAAACAAUUAUACGAAGUCCAACAACAAACAAUAUACCACAAAACCAGUAUAAUGCUUUUACCCCGAGACCCACAGUUGACCCAAUCGUAGCAAUAGAACAACAAAUUCGUCAGUUAGAUCCUGAAAAACACAAGCAAAGAAUAAAAGAAUUAAGAGAAAAGCAGAGCAUUAUCGAGAAACACAAUCAAUUCGUGGAAAAACAGUACGAAAAAGCUUUGAAGAAGGCACAAAGCGAUCAUCAACAAUGGAUAGACGAACAAAAAGAAAUCAAAAAGAAACUUUACCAAAGUGUAUAUAAACCUCCGGGUAAUGCACAGGUGGUCAGAUAUACUCAAUCAAUUCCUCGAUAUAUUUACCCUGAAGAAGGCCCACUUUUUAAGUUGGCCGUGGAACAGUACUACAAAGAACAUCCCACGACUACGACGACCACAACAACUACUACAACAACAGAAGCUCCAACAACUACUUCGAAAAAAUUUCUUGCAACUAAAAAAUCCGGUAGCUCGUUUCUACCAACUGUAGUCCCAACGUCUGAAACAAAAAUCAAAACAAUCCAAACUCUAGAAGACUUAAAUCUUCUUCAAAAACAGUACAAAUCGCAACAAAUUGCCAAAGACGACUUGUUGGCCCAGCUUCGUUUAGCUAUAGGAAACAGUCCGGAAGAUGAAAUCACCAAAAAUCUUUCUUCGAGAGAAAUUUCACUCGCAAACGGCAAAAAGGUUCAACUGAUUGAAGCAACUGAUCCAAAAUUGAUUCCGAAUGGAAAAGCGGAAGAAAUCACUUUACCCAACGGUGAAAAAGUCCAAGUGUUCCAAGCUAAUAAUCCUUCUCCAAAAUCGGAAGAAAUAACUUUACCGAACGGCCAAAAAGUCCAAGUAAUCAAAACUAGAGAUCCAAAACUACUAGCAAGUGCCUCAUCCUCAUCUACUGUUAAAACACAAGAAAUCACUUUGCCUAAUGGACAGAAAGUCGAAGUAAUCAAAACCACAGAUCCUAAACUAGUACCAGGAGCAACUCCUCUAGAACCAGGAAGCGACUUAGAAAAACUAGUCUUGGCUCAAACUACCACAACCAAACCACCGAAAGCAGUUUUCGACGAAUUAACAAAAGGAGUUCUACCCCCUGGUGCAAACUUUGAACUUUUAAAAACCGGUGCCAGUGGCGGUUUAGAACAAGUCGGUGGGUUACCCAACCAGAAAAAAGUUACUUUUGUACUUUUGGAAGAACAAGAAGAUGGUACCCUCAAAGUGCAAGGAGUCAAAGGAAGCGGAAAAGACAAACCGGAUGUCGAUGUCGAUUCAAUUUUGAAACGAAUCAAAAACGGCGAAAUCAAACUACCUCAGAACGCCAAACCUACCCCAACCACAGAAACUAAAUUCCAGUCAACGACUCCAAAAAAAAACCUAGUUACAGGUGUAACAGUGGUACCAAAUUCCUUCGCAAAUGGCGAAGAGGUCUCCAGUGUGCCAAUUUUAAAAACCAACAUUGGAACACACUUUGUGGCCACUUCAACACCUUCGAGUACUAUUUAUACAAAAAUUUUCCCUAGCAGUACUACGAAAAGUACGACCACACCAAGUCCCACACAUAAAGUGACCCGAAAUCCCCAUAUUUUGAACCAAGGAAGUGAUUUAGUGAGACAGGCCUCAACCACAUCGUCAGGAAAUCGCAACAGUAUAUAUCACACCACCGCCAAGCCUACUAGUCCGAGUUAUUCUUCCUCUUCAGUAAAAAUCUUUCAAAGUGUUUCUCCUACAGUUCCAACAACACCUUUCUACCCCGUACCCACCGAAGAAAAACUUCCACAAUUAGAACUACCGGAAGUACUCAAAAAGAACGGCUUGUACGCUAUGGCUAAAUUUUUACGACAGUCAGGUCUAGACACCAUUUUGAAUGAAACUGGGCCUUACACAAUCUUCGUCCCCACCGACAAAGCUUUCAGAACUCUUUUAGUCCAAUUGGGAGGACCCGAAAAAGCCGAAGAAAAAUUCAAGGAUAAUCCACGGCUCCUCAGCGGGCUACUUUUACACCACGUGAUCCCCGGUGCCUUUACCAUAGGCUCUCUUCAAGACGAAAUGACAGGUGUUUCUUUGGCCGGUACUCAAUUAAGGGUCAACCAGUACAACAUGCACGACGUCGAGUGGAACGACGUUAAGGUUACGACAAUUAACGGUGCCAAAGUACUAGAUGAGAAGCAAGACAUCGAAAUACCGCAAGGUGUAGCACAUGCCRUUGACAGAGUCAUGUUCCCGUUGCCCGUAGGUGAUAUUGUCCAAACACUCCAAUCGGAUCGCGAAAGGAGAUUCACUAGUUUCCUGCGGGCGCUGUUUUCUUCCGGACUUGCCGAAACGUUGCAAGGCACGAAAACCUUCACGUUGUUCGCUCCGACCGACAAAGCUUUCGCCAGUUUGUCCAGCGAAGACCUCACCAAGAUCAUAGCGGAUAGAACCUUAGCUAGAGAGUUGAUCUUUAGGCACUUAAUCCCUGGUACUUUGUACACCAACGGAAUGAGGUACUACCAGAUCAAGGAUAGUCUUUUAACCGACCGCCAGCUCACCAUUAGCAAGCAAUCAGGCAAAGUGAAAGUCAACAAUGUUCCCUUAGCCACUCAAAACAUCCCUGCAACGAACGGGGUAAUCCAUGCAGUCGACGCCCUUUUGUAAUUAGUAAGUUAUUACGUAUUUAUUUCAUUGUCAUUAUUGUAUCGUUCCCACGAGCCAUCCCAUUGUUGUAUUGUUUUAUGUACUAUUUUAAAGUUGUUUGAAAAAGAAAGAAAAAGGCUGAAAUGCUCGUCAAAACAAUGCCAACUUUUAAAUUAUGAAAAAAUGUAAUUAACCUUAGUUGUAAGUGAUCAUGUAAUAUACUAUUUUAAAUAAAGAAAACACAAGU